UUCGGUCCGUGCCCCGCCAGGCGCUGCUCCGUGCUCCGGCACCCAGCACCAUGCUGCGCCGAAAGCCCUCCAAUGCCGGCGAGAAGGAGCCGGGCCACAGGAAGCUCUCCCUGCAGCGUUCCAGCAGCUUCAAGGACUUUGCCAAAUCCAAAGUCAGCUCCCCGGUGACAAGCGAGAAGGAGUUCAACCUGGAGGAGAAUAUCCCUGAGGAUGAGCCCAGCGGUGCAGGCCCUGAAGAGGCGGCUCAGGGCAGCAGCGGUGGGAUGAAGCUGGGCAAGAAGUGGCGGGCCAUCAUCUCCCGCACCAUGAACCGCAAGAUGGGCCGCGUGGCCGUGCGGGCGCUGGCUGAAGGGAAGCAGGCGGAGGUGGAGGAAGAGGGGUGUCCAUCUCCCCUGCCCUCAGCUGGCGCAGAGGAGCCGAGCCACGAGAAGAUGCCGCUGUCCUACGUGGAGAUGGAGGAGGACGCGCACCCGUCUGUCAGCCGCCAGCUGUCCAGCGGCAGUGAGGGGCUCAGCCCCGGCUCCACCAGCCAGGACAGCCCGCACUUGGAGGACAGCAGCCCAGCCUACACCGGGCCCUUCUGCGGCAGAGCCCGCGUACACACCGACUUCACACCCAGCCCUUACGACAAGGACUCUCUGAAGCUGCGGAAAGGGGAUAUCAUCGGCAUCAUCGAAAAGCCACCCGUGGGCACCUGGACGGGGCUGCUUAACAACAAAGUGGGCUCCUUCAAGUUCAUCUACGUGGAUGUCAUCCCUGAGGAGGCAGCCCCCACCCGCAAGAGCCGAGGCCAGGCCAAGAGCAAGCGGCUCAAGCCCAAGACCCUCCAUGAGCUGCUGGAGCGCAUCAACCUGCAGGAGCACACCUCCACCCUGCUGCUGAACGGCUACCAGACUCUGGAGGACUUCAAGGAGCUGAGGGAGACCCACCUCAACGAGCUGAACAUCACCGACCCCCAGCACCGCGCCAAGCUGCUCACAGCUGCUGAGCUCCUCCUGGAUUAUGACACAGCAAGCAGUGAUGCGGAGGAAGGGGACGGCACCACUGAGCAGCAUUCGCCCUCGGAGCCCAAGGGGGACAUUCCCCGGGACUCGGGCUGCUUCGAGGGAUCCGAGACCCUGGAUAGCAGCCGUGAGGAGGCCGAGCUGCCGAGCCCUGAGGGGCAGCUGCAGGCUGUGUCCCUGGCGGAGUCCUCCUGAGCCCCCGCCGUGCUUUACAGGCUCUGGUGUGGCAGUGGACAGAGGGGAGAACUCGGUGGGGUGUGGGUGAGCCCCAGGGAUGAAGGCACACUGCAGGACUCUGUGCUGUAGGUGGGGCGAUCCCCCAGGUGUGCUGCUCCAGGACGUUCUGUGCUGCCUCACGCCACCAUCCCACGCUGCAGGUGCUCCAGGCACUGCGGGAGAGUGCCAGAGAUGCUGCAGGUCUGUUUGCCAGGGGUGGGCUGCCCCAUUUCAUCCACAGCUUCAAGAGCUCCUCUGGGAGCUCACAUCUGCCAGGCCAAAUAAACGGCAGUGCAAAAGAGCCUGUAAGGACAGGGAUAGCAUGGACAGAGCAAGCACAGCACUGAGCAAAUCAAGCAAGCAAGCAGAGGCAUCGAGGCAACAUCUCUACCAGCAGGACUUGGCUUUCCCCAACCACCAUCCUCACACAGCCAAAGCAGAUGGAGGAAGGUGUGCAGGAGGUUCAGCCGAGCCCUGUGAGCAGCCCAGCAGGGUACCAGGAGGCAGCCCAUGUUCCAGAGGGGCUGUGAGGAAGGGGGCUGAGCACUGUGCUGCCUGAAGGUGACCCCACGCAGGUCCCCACACUUCCCACAGCCCUGCAGGAUGCGACAGGCUGGUCCCUCCCAGCAUCAGCUGCUCCAGGCAUCCCUGCAAAGGGGUGGAGGAGCUGCAGCACCACCGGGGCAAUGAGCUGAUGAGGAGUGUGUAUCACCUGUAACCAAACCCUGGGGUUGUGGGGGACUGCAGCAUUCAGACAGCUCAGGCCCUCACAGCUGCGUUCAGUCACCUCCAGCUCCCACACUGUGGGACCACUGUGGUGGAUCUCUGAGCCUCAAGUUUGUUCCUUUACGCUUGAUCCCAAUAAAUGCGUGCUCUGGUCUUCA